CUGGAAAAAUAAACCUGCGUCUUGCGGGAGAAGUUGGUAGGAACACAGCAUCUCGCCUUGGACUCCUCAGAAAACCAACAUUUCGCGUUCAUGUUUUCAUCUCAGCUGCAGAGCCACGGACUGCUGGACAGAAAGGUUGUCUUUCUUCACUACUUUGAUCACUUUUCCUCUCUCUCUCUUCUGUUUCCAUUCUCUGUCUCAGAUUGUAGGUGUUAGUCUGAUGCAUGUAUACUGGGCGCAUUUCAGGAGCAUGUCAAGUCAUCGUGGUAACACAGGGCAGGGGCAGCCUGCUCAAGUUUGAGCCUGUCCCAGAAUGCACCAGCUUUUCCGUCUAGUGCUGGGACAGAGAGACCUGUCCCGUGCAGGAGACCUCUUCUCUCUGGAUGACAGCGAGAUUGAAGACUGUCUGUCCCAAGCCCUGGAGGAAAUCAAAGUCAUAUCCUGUUCACCAGACUACUUGACCAAUGACAACGACCAAGCGGUGGUGGAGAUCUGCAUCACACGCAUCACUACAGCCAUUAGGGAAACAGGUUCAAUCGAGAGGCACGGAGCAGCUCUUGUGUCACUAUGGGAGUCUUGUCUCGAGCAUAACCUCCAGCCGCAGGGCAAAGACGAAGACACACCCCAUGCCAAGAUCGCCUCCGACAUCACCAGCUGCAUCCUGCAGAAUUACAACAGGCCUCCAGUGAUGGCAUUAGCGGUCCCUGUGGCAGUGCGGUUCUUGAAACAGGGGAACCAAGAGCUGAGCAGAAACAUGUCCAGCUACUUGUCACUGGCUGCCAUUGCUAAAGCAGAACUCCUGGCCCAACACACAGAGGCCAUCACCUGCAGCGUGCUGGGAGGUAAUGCCAUGCUGUUGAGAGUGCUGCCAUCUGUGUAUCCACGACAAUCAGAGCCCAUCCAUCAACACAUCCGUGAGCUGACGGCGAUGAUGUCCCAGCUGGACCAGGCCAGUAGACAGCACCUGCUCAGACUUCUGCAGAUGAUCUCUGACCUUCACCCCCUGGUUUUGUCGUCUUUGGUGCCAUCAUUGAUUGGUUACAUCAGUGACAGUGAUCUAAGUGACACUACCUUGGGUGUGUUGGUGAACGUGGCUCAGGCAAGCCCUGCCUCUCUCGUUCCCUUCCUGUCCACCCUAAGAAAUGUGGGUCAGAAGAACCCUUGGUUGUUGGGACACAUCGCUAAGAUCCAUGGGGCAGUGGGUCUGACUAGUGAGGUCCAGGCUCGUGCAGCGCUGCAGUAUCUGGUGUCUCUGUUAGCAAGUAUGGAUCACAGUGCCCAUCACACACUACUGCUGGAAAUCCGCUGCCUGACCGAUCGCUACACCUCCAUCCUGGGCGGCGGAGUAAAAGACAUCUACCGCAUCAGCAACAGUUUCACCGCCAUCGCUCGACUGCUGGGCCGCACGCUGGAGGCUGACAGCACACUUAGCAGAGAGGAGGAGAAGGUGGAGGAUUUGUCCAGGCCGUGUGAAGCUGAGUCUGGUUCUGACAUGUUUGCUGAGAACCAGCGUCUGCAGGUGAAGAUCCAGGCUUUCGAGCAGAAGAUGGGCGAUGAGGUGGAGGAAUUUGAGGAAGAGGGUGCUUCUCCUGGUCCUCAGAGACGCUACAGCCUGGGUCAGGCAGCGCGAGAUGAGCGCAGAGAGAUGAGGUUCAACAGGUCAAAGAGUCUGGCUCUUCACGCUGUACGCACACGAUCCAUUAACUCUGACAGCAGUCCAGAGGGAGAAGGGGUGGAUCUGAGCACAGAACUCGAUGUCUGUGAGGCCAUUCCCAGCCCAGAGACCCGUCCUGCCCUCACAACCCUGCAGGAGAACAACAAACUCACAGACACUCAACCUGAAACAUCUCCAAAUGGUGAAGGGCAAAAGGUGGUGGUUGGAGACCCCCGGGAGGGAGAUAGACUCUGGAUCCACCUAAGAGACAACAUGGAAGAAAUCAAAAACUUCUGUGCCGAAAUAAUCAAGCAAAUCCCCAUACCUGAGCACUGUGUCAUUGAAGACUCACAUCAUGGCUGUGUAGCUAAGCUGUCCUUCUCCUGUCCACUGAAAGGACACUACUGCCUCUAUGGGAAGUCCUGUUUCUCACUGUGUAGCCCUCAGCCACACCUCUGGAUCCAAAUCAUGCUACUGGCACUGCAGAGUAAAGUGAGCGAGGCGUUGUGCUGUCAGGAUGAGUGUGUUAAGCAGCUGAGGAAACUUUGGGAGAAAACACAGCUGACUGGAGCUCACAGCUUUGAACUGGCCAUGACCCAGACAACUGUUCCUCACAAGAAGGAUGUGGACAGUUUGCAGAUGUAUCUGGAGGAGGUUCGUUUCUUUGACCUGUUCAGCUACAGUGAAGAGGAGGGUGGUUGGCUCUGUUUCAUGUGCAGUAACCCUGAGAAAGCCACAGUUGUUAACCAGGACGGCCAGCCACUCAUUGAGGGGAAGCUGAAGGAGAAACAAGUGCGCUGGAAGUUCAUCAAGAGGUGGAAAACACGUUAUUUCACCCUCGCCGGCAACCAGCUUCUCUUCCGAAGAGGAAAAUCAAAGGACGAACUGGACAACAGCACAAUUGAACUUAGCAAAGUGCAAAGUGUUAAGGUGGUUGCAAAGAAGAGGCGUGACCGCGGGCUGCCCAGAGCCUUCGAGAUCUUCACCGACAGCAAAACCUAUGUGCUGAAAGCUCAAGAUGAGAAGCAUGCAGAAGAGUGGCUGCAGUGCAUCAAUGUGGCUGUGGCCCAGGCCAAAGAACGUGAGAACCGCGAGGCCACAACAUACCUGUGAUGCUUGUUCUGCUGAGGAUCCUGUGGGCUUAUCAAGCCAGAUGGGUGUGUCUUAUUACCAGGUUUUUUUUUUUAUUAUGACACUUUAUUAACAUCAGAGACAAACGUCCUGUCUCAAAUGCCACCUUCAACCUUUGCAGUCAUCCUCCACAUAAAUUCUUGCAAUGGCAAGCCAUUAAGACUCAGUUGGUCCUUUGUUACGGUGAGCUUGGCAAAGGGCAUCAAGGGCACACUGUGGUCAAAAAGGAUCCCUCAUGAGAACCCUAAUGAAUCAUGAUCAAUAGGACAUCCUACAGUCUUAUGGACUUCUCAGACAUGUGUUAGGAAAGAGCACAAGACCACAAGUAAAUAUCAAGUGCGUCAUUUGGGAAAUGACCAACGAAAAUGAGUGACGUACAAUGAGGCUGAGUAACACUGAGCUGCGCAUGUUCUACACUUCUGACGCUCAUUCUAUGGGUCAUAUCUUAAUGUUUUGAGAACAGCAAUCAUGAUUUAAUUCAUCUUUGUCUUCCAGAGAAAUAUAGAAGACUUAUUUAGAAUCAGUUAUCGAAUACAAUUAGAGCUGUCACAGUUAACAUGUUAGCGCAUACAGUAAAUACAGUAAGUUUUAGCACUUCAUUAUUUAAACCGAUGCCACAUUUAUUCAGUUUGAUGUUAAAUACUGACUUACUGUCUCAUCCUGUUUUGUGAUUUUCCUUUUGGUAUUUGGGAGAGAAGAGUAACAUUUACGACAUAAGCAGAAUCCACAUAAAUUCAUGAAACUAAUAAUUAAAUAGUCAGAUUUUAUUUUCUUUCCUUGAAAAGGAACCGAAUGCGUUAGCACUAGAACUAUUAGAAAUGAAUAGGGUUAAUCCAGGAGUUCCCAAACUCUUUUUUAAUCAGCCACACCCCGUAGAUGUAAUAUUACUUGUAUUUACUUGAACUACACCCUGAGAUUUUAAGUUAAUAUUUCAAUAAUUUAAUGAUAUAUUUACAUGUUCACAGUUCUCUAAUGUUGAUAAUCCUAAUCAUAAUAAAAACUACUACAAUUAUUAUUAUUGGUAGUAUGUUUUAAAUGAUUAAAAUAUAAAUAUAUUACUAUUAUACAGUACACACUUGUGCUGUAAACUAAAAAAU